UGCGCCUCACACACACACACACUAUGGUAUCACUUCAGUGAAGCUGCUGAGUGAAACGCGGUCUGUUUUAAUCCCCUUCAGUCCCAAUGCCCUGUUGCACUGUGUCUAAGGAAACACUCCUAAGUUCGGCUACAUUAGGGCUCGUGUUUAUAACCGCUUAUUACGUCGGUCAACGCCACAGCAGGAGGUUCAGGAUGAGUAACUUUAAGAGCCAUGUGGCAGGAAAAGACGACCCUGUGAUGCAGUACAUACUGAACCACUCACUAAGAGAACAUCCAGCUCUGAAGAAGCUCAGACUCAAAACCAUGGAGCACAAGGGGAACCCUAUGAUGGUGGCGUGUGAACAGUCUCAGUUCAUGGCAAACCUAGCAAGACUCAUCAAAGCCAAGAAGGCCAUUGAGAUCGGUGUGUAUACAGGCUACAACACUCUGAGCAUUGCGCUGGCGUUACCUGGCGAUGGUAAGGUGGUGGCGUGUGACGUGAGUGAAGAAUACGCUAACAUCGGGAAGCCCUUCUGGAAAGAGGCUGGUGUUGAACACAGAAUAGACCUGCACCUGCAGCCGGCGCUCAAAACUCUGGAUGACCUUCUAGCUGCAGGGGAGGCCGAGACCUUUGACUUUGUGUUUAUCGACGCUGAUAAGCAGAAUUACGACAAUUAUUAUGAGAAAUCACUGCAGCUGGUGAGGAAAGGAGGAAUCAUCGCCAUCGACAAUGUGCUGUGGAGUGGGAAGGUGCUGAAUCCUGCAGAUGAUGACUUUGACACACAGAGCAUCGCAGCACUGAAUAAGAAGCUGCACAGUGACGUGCGAGUCAACCUGAGCAUGCUGACGGUGGGGGACGGACUCUCACUCGCCUUUAAACUAUAACACACGCUAACGUGUGUGUGUGUGUGUCCUGCUCCAACACACCUGACACAAGGUUAUCAGCGAAGGAAGGAGCACAACACCAACGCCUUACACACCCCUAUCAGUUCCACACACUGAUACACACCCAGACACACCCCCUGUCUAUCAGUUCCACCCUGACACGCCCCGUCUAUCAGUUCCACACCCUGACACGCCCCCUGUCUAUCAGUUCCACACCCCGACACGCCCCCGUCUAUCAGUUCCACACCCUGACACGCCCCCUGUCUAUCAGUUCCACCCUGACACACCCCCGUCUAUCAGUUCCACACCCUGAUACGCCCCCUGUCUAUCAGUUCCACACCCUGACACGCCCCCAUCUAUCAGUUCCACACCCAGACACACCCCGUCUAUCAGUUCCCCACCCUGACACGCCCCCGUCUAUCAGUUCCACACCCAGACACACCCCGUCUAUCAGUUCCACACCGACACGCCCUCUGUCUAUCAGUUCCACACCCAGACACACCCCGUCUAUCAGUUCCACACCCUGACACGCCCCAUGUCUAUCAGUUCCACACCCUGACACACCCCGUCUAUCAGUUCCACACCCUGACACGCCCCCUGUCUAUCAGUUCCACCCUGACACACCCCCGUCUAUCAGUUCCACACCCUGAUACGCCCCCUGUCUAUCAGUUCCACACCCUGACACGCCCCCAUCUAUCAGUUCCACACCCAGACACACCCCGUCUAUCAGUUCCCCACCCUGACACGCCCCCGUCUAUCAGUUCCACACCCAGACACACCCCGUCUAUCAGUUCCACACCCUGACACGCCCUCUGUCUAUCAGUUCCACACCCAGACACACCCCGUCUAUCAGUUCCACACCCUGACACGCCCCAUGUCUAUCAGUUCCACACCCUGACACACCCCGUCUAUCAGUUCCACACCCUGACACGCCCCCUGUCUAUCAGUUCCACACCAUGUGACACUGUAUCCAUGAUCUGAUGGCCUUUGACCUCAUUGUUGCUUAAUUCCAUUAAGUUAGUUUAAUGUAUAGAUUCUUAUAGAGUGAUCUACUGCAGUGUCACUGCUGAAAUCAUGUCAGUAUUCGAGUGACUCCUCUUACAGGAAUUAACAACUAUUCGUUUUUUAUUAAGAUAACAAAUUUCAGCUACACUAAGUUAAGUUAGAUCAAGCAGGUUAGCGUUGUGUAAAUCACACCUCAAGGUGUACGUGAAGCUGUUGUGUGUCGUGUGUGUAACUACAUUAAACCAUCUGUAACCCA